AAGACACCUCUUCUACCAGCCAAUCCCCUGAGCUCUGGGCAUGAAGUGACGCGCAGUUUGCUCACGGAAAGAGCCCUCUGCAAACUCUAACAUCUCCUUCAAAACUUUCACAGCUGGUGGACCAUGGAGCUUCUUGUAAAUGUAAGAAAAUGGAUAGAAGAAAACAAAGCUGCCUUUUUGCCACCUGUUUGCAAUAAGCUUAUGCACCGUCAUCAAUUAAAUGUGAUGUUUGUUGGAGGGCCGAAUGAAAGAAAGGAUUAUCAUAUUGAAGAAGGAGAAGAGCUUUUUUACCAGGUUAAAGGAGAUAUGUGUUUGAAGAUAAUUGAAAAUGGGAAACCAAAAGACAUCGUCAUCCGAGAAGGGGAGAUGUUCCUCCUACCUGCUAGGAUACCUCAUUCUCCUCAGAGAUACGCAAACACUGUGGGUCUUGUGAUUGAGAGGGAAAGGUUAAAGACAGAAAUUGAUGGGCUCAGAUACUAUGUUGGAGAAUCAACUAACGUCCUCUUUGAAAAAUGGUUUCACUGUGAAAAUCUCGGCACUCAACUUACACCAAUAAUUCAAGAGUUUUUCAAUUCAAGACAAUAUAAAACUGGAAAACCAAAUCCAGAUGAACUCCUGAAAGAAACACCUUUCCCGCUAAAUUCCACUUCUGUUAUGGAGACAGUUUCCUUCCAAGACUGGUUAAACGAUCACCGUGGUGAAAUAAAAUGGAAGAAAUCCUUGAGUAUGUUUGGAGAUAACUUUGAAACAGAGGUCAUAGCUUACGGACCAGGAACAACUGAGAAAAGUAAAAAGAAUUCAGAUAUCUGGAUAUGGCAGCUGGAGGGCACAUCUACUGUUACCAUGGAUGGUAAAACCCUGACUCUAUCUGCUGAUGACAGCCUGCUUGUCCGUGCGCAGUCUACGUACUGCUGGAAGAGAGCAGAAGACUGUAUCGCGCUCAGCAUUGCUCAGGAUCCAAAACGCAAGCAGCCUUAUACCUAGCUCCUGUGCCAGUUGACUUUGAUGAUAACUAAGUUUCAACCUACUCGUCUUAUCUUGAUAAUCUUUUAGUUGGUAUGCCUGGAAAUUUGAAUAGUCUAACACAAUGAUUACACUGAAUUAAGUGGAGUCAAGUGCUGUACCUAAUUAAAACUUUUUUCCCCCCAAGUAGUUAAAGUUUCAGCAAAAUCUACAAUCAGUAAUUUUUUUUAAGAACAAACAGAACAAUAGUUCUUAUCUGAAAGGAGAUGAAAACAGAUCCAAGUAGCAGAAUUACUUAUGUGAUAUAUAUGAUAGUAUCUAGAUUAAGUUAAAGGCUUUUCAAACACAAGUCUGUGCUGCACAUAGAAAAGGAGAUAGGAGAGAUACUGCUAUGUCUACUUAGGUAACAGUCUUCAUAUCUUUGUCUCAGUUUUCUCAUUUGUGGUAAAUUAGCUAUAACAUUAGUUACCCAGCCCACAGUAGGGGAGCUUUAAUUGGCAGUAGCUCACAGAUCUGAGAUCUUUGGCUAAAAGGGCCUUUAGAAAAACAAAACAAGCUACCUGCUGCGCUGCUGGAGGAUCUCAGUGCUUUGUGAAAGAGAGGAAGGUGCAUUAGUAAAGGGGGAAGCAGUACCUGCAACAGUAUCAAGCCCUACUUAGAUCACCACUGUAGUUGCUUCAGGUAUCUUCUUAUCAACUACCAAAUCCGACAAAGCUACCAAUCCAGGAUCGGUCACAGUUAUCGGUAACACGCCACACGUGCCAUGCUGGAUGUUGUCUAUGCGCUACACUGUCAAGAAGAUAGCACAGCAAUGAGACUAACACAGGAGCAUCCGGGUCACGGAUGCUCCUGUGCAGCAGAAAUCUUAAGUCAAAGUAGCCUUAGAAGUGCGUUGGGGGGACAAGGGAACAGGAAAAUUAUAAUCAGUUUAUACUAAGUGCUGCUGCUUUUUGAACAAUGAGGUUUCUUGCAGAAAUUACAAAUGUCAAAUUAUCUUUUCCUGCUUUUAUUCCAGGAACUCUCCAGAGGGGUUUUUGGCUUGUUUGGUUUUUUUGUGGGGUGGUGUUUUGUUGUUUGGGUUUUUUAAUUAUUUUUUAAACAUAUUGUCCUUCACAUUAUUAACAUCAGAAAACAGGUUGCUUAAAUGUUUGCAAGUAUUAUCAAUUAUGUGUUUGAGAAAGCAAAAACUUACCAUUUCUUGAUUUUUUUUUUUUGUAAUUCUAAUUAAGUUCAGAAAAUAUUUCUUUACUGUAUCUGUCACCUACAAAGCUCAUUAAACUGAGAUGUCAUAUGUGUUUUA